AAUGGAUUACCUUACCCUCUGUCAAUUCGGUGAAAAACUAUAUCCCGGAAACAGAGUGUGCGACGAAAAUGGGCGGGCCGGAAGAACAGAGCUCCGGCUUCCCUCCCAAGUCACCGGGACCAACAGUAGAGGUGGAGGAAGAGGAGGACAGAUUCGAGGCGUUGGUCCUGGAUCUGGAUGAUCUUGAUGGUUCCUGGCCGUUGGAUCAGAUAUCCUUAUUCUCCGACCACAACCACGAAAAUAAUGAUAAUAAUCUCCCCAUGUCUCCGCUCUGCCUCUCCUGCUCCGACCAGGCCUUUUCUCCUCUCUGGGCUUUCCUCGAUGGAAACGACUACGCAAAGCAUCCCACCUCAGCUCUCCCGGACUGCUCGGGUUUGCUAUCCGGUACUCCCAUUUCUAUAGCUGAAAGGCCAAUGGUGAAUAAUGAUGGUAAGCAAAGACUUCCAUCUCCACUUAUUGAGCUGGUGCCCCUGGACAAUCCAGAUGGGUAUUGUGCCAUCAAGGAGAGGAUGACACAGGCACUUCGUACUUUCAAAGAUUUGACUGAACAAAAUGUUCUAGCUCAGGUUUGGGUACCUGUAAAGAAUGGGAGUCAGUAUGUGCUCACGACUUCAGGGCAGCCUUUUGUUAUUGGUUCUCAUAUCAAUGGACUUCAUCAGUAUAGGAUGGUCUCUCAGAUGUACAUGUUUCCCGUGGAUGAGGAGACCGAUGGACUCCCUGGACUUCCUGGCCGUGUUUUCCAGAAAAGAGUACCAGAAUGGACUCCAAAUGUGCAGUUUUACUCCAUGCUGGAAUAUCCACGUCGUAAUCAUGCCCAGAAUUACAAUGUUCAUGGAACCUUGGCGUUGCCUGUGACUGAGCCUUCUGGCCAGUCCUGUGUUGCUGUGCUUGAGCUCAUCAUGACUUCAGCAAAGAUCAAUUAUGCACCUGAAUUUGAUAAAGUCUGCAAAGCACUUGAGACAGUAAAUCUGAAAAGUUCCAAGAUAUUGGAUUGUCCAAGCACACAGAUCCGUAAUGAAGGUCGCCAGAAUGCGCUGGCUGAGAUUUUGGGGAUAUUGACUGUGGUGUGUGAAACUCACAAAUUACCUUUGGCUCAGACUUGGGUUCCAUGCAGGCAUCGUAAUAUUCUGGCCCAUGGUGGUGGUUUGAAGAAGAGCUGUACUAGCUUUGAUGGUAGUUGCAUGGCACAAGUCUGCAUGUCAACAACUGAUGUGGCAUUGUAUGUUGUAGAUGCUCACAUGUGGCGAUUCCGGGAGGCCUGUGUUCAGCAUCACCUGCAAAAGGGUCAGGGAGUUGCUGGGAGAGCAUUUUUGUCUCAUAAUUCAUGUUUCUGUGGAAACGUUACCCUAUUCUGCAAAACUGAUUACCCCUUAGUUCACUAUGCACGAAUGUUUGGGCUAGCCAGCUGUUUUGCAAUCUGCUUACGGAGCACUCAUACUGGGGAUGAUGAUUACAUUCUCGAAUUUUUUCUGCCCCGUGGCAUCUCAGAUUUCUACGAACAACAGAUAUUAUUGGGCUCCUUACUGGCAACCAUGAAACAGCAUUUCCAGAGUCUUAAGGUUGCUUCAGGUAUUGAACUUGAAGAGAAAGUAUCUGUUGAAAUCGUUCAAGUUUCUACGGGUGAGAGAGUUGAUUCAAGACUUGAAUCCGUACGAAUACCCCCAUCUACGAAAUCACCUCCUAGGCCUGAUGGCUUGCCGAAUAUGGGAGAUAUGGUGCAGGUAGAUUCAUCAAAACAACAGUUAAUGGUGCACUUGAAUUACAUAAAUUAUAAUGGUGCUGGAAGCCUCAAUAAGUUUUCUCCCUCAGAGAAUAAGGAGAUGAGAAAAACAUCAGAGAGAAAACGUGGAAAAACUGAGAAAUCAAUUAGUCUUGAAGUUCUCCAACAAUAUUUUGCUGGUAGUCUUAAAGAUGCUGCAAAGAGCCUUGGUGUUUGCCCUACUACAAUGAAGCGCAUCUGUAGGCAGCACGGGAUCUCCCGAUGGCCUUCUCGCAAGAUCAACAAGGUCAACCGUUCCCUCUCUAAGCUAAAGCGUGUAAUUGAAUCUGUUCAAGGUGCUGAAGAAGCCUUUGGUUUAAGUUCUAUCCACCCCAGUACACUUCCUGCCAGAUCCAAUCAACAAACGUCACCAUGCUUUAAACCCUCUGAACCUCAGGAAAUGAAUGAAUCACCGACACUAAAAAACAAUCAUCAACAGGAUGACAUGGGAGAUCAAUUGCAAGGAGAGAGAAUGCUUUGUCCGGAGAAACUUGUUCAUGAUCAUAGUAGGUUUCCCCCAGAGGUCGAUAAAGGCUCAAGCAGGUCCAAAUCAAGGAGUAGCUCGUGUGAAGAAAGUGCUGGCAGCCCAACUUCUCACGGUUCAUGCCAAGUUAGUCCCCCAAAUGAAAGCACAGUACCGGCAAAGCAUCCAUUCGUUUCUUCCAUCAAUGAGCAAUGCGUUAAUGUAGGGGGCUCCCCUGAAUUGGCAUAUCCAACUACAAGUCCACUAAAUAUGUCAGCUACAUACUCAAUACCUGAUGUUCUUUUGAUGACAGAACCUCAAGAAACAUUUGAAGGAAUGCUGAUUGAGGAUUCUGGAAUUUCAAAAGAUUUGAGAAAUCUAUGUCCUUCAGUUGCAGAUGCUCUGUUGGAUGAGCAGGUCCCAGAAUUUUGUUCUACAAACCCUCCAUGUCCCAAUAUGGCUCCCAACCAAUCCAUGGCUCCUCUUGCUCACACAAUGCCACACGAUAGAGCUAGGAAGGAGAUGAAGAGCCUGACAGUGAAGGCAUCAUAUAGAGAAGAUAUCAUCAGGUUUCGCAUCUCCUUGGGUUCGUGUAUUUUGGAGUUGAAAGAAGAAGUGGCAAAGAGGUUGAAACUGGAGGUGGGUACAUUUGAGAUCAAGUAUCUGGAUGAUGAUCAUGAGUGGGUAUUGAUAGCCUGUGAUGCUGACCUGCAGGAGUGUAUGGAUAUUUCAAGAUUGUCGGGCUUCAAUACAAUCAGGCUUUUGGUUCAAGAUAUAAUGUCCAAUUUGGGGACCUCCUGUGAGAGCUCUGGGGAGUGAGAAUUAGGUUGUAUGUAUUUGUAGUUCUGGAGUCCCAAUAUUCUUGUUGUCUCAGGAUCCCUGUAAGUUGUAAAUCUUGGUUUUUAUGCCAUGCUCAAGUUGCAAUAAAAUUUCCAUUCAAUUUA